GAAGAAAUGAGUACCUAAAAUAUUGAGUGAGUGGUUAGAGCUUGAGACUAACAAUGGACGGUCUAGUUCAGCUGCAGAAGCAACUCGUUGAUUACACUGCUUCUCUAUUUCAUGAGGGUUUUUUAGAUGAACAAUUUAACCAGCUUCAGCAACUUCAAGAUGAAAGUAACCCAGAUUUUGUGGUUGAAGUGGUCACUCUCUUUUUUGAAGACGCUGAGAGGCUUCUUAACGAGCUCUCAAAAACACUAGGCCAACCUAGCAUUGAUUUUAAAAAGUUGGAUGCUCAUGUUCACCAGUUGAAGGGUAGCAGCUCCAGCAUUGGAGCACAGAGAGUUCACAGAGUCUGCAUUUCCUUCCGAAACUCUUGUGAGGAACAAAACGUUGAAGGGUGUCUUAAAAACUUGCAACAAGUGACACAUGAGUACUCCUUGGUGAAAAGCAAGCUUGAAACUCUCCUCAGGAUGGAGCAACAGAUUUUGGCUGCUGGUGGAUAGGUUUGUGGGUAGUGUGACACAGGCAGAGAUGUUUUGCUGCAAUUGGAAUUUGGAAAUAACACUCAGAACAACCAUGUCUAAUCUGCAAACGAAACAGACCCACUUCUAUGUUGUAUUUUUCACUUUGUGUAUGAUUUUGUCAAGUGGAUCAUGGUCUUGAAAUUUAUCAUUUGAAAAGAGUUGACCUAUAUUUAGUCCAAAA